UUUGCACUCUGGGAUAUGUAGUGUAAAGUCCUGCCGCGGUCCCCCGAUCUGCGCAGCGGCCAGCUACGCAACGGGACUACAACGCCCAGCAUGCCGCGCAUCUGCUAGGAGCCGCUGGAGCAGCGGGGUAAGAUGGCGGCCGCUGGAGGGAUGGGGAAGCUCCUUUUGUUGUAGAGCCGGGGAAUUCCUGUAACUCGCCCCUAGCCGACCUAGGCCGCCCCCAGCGAGACCGACAUCCAGUGCCUGGCGCCGGCGUGACUCGGCGCAGGCUCCAGGUUGCAGUAAUGGCAGAAGAUCAUCAGAAACCUAACCCCAGAAAGCAAGAUGGUGAUGAGGAGGUAACACUGAGAUCAGAGGAUGAAAGCGAGGACUGCACCAGUAUCUCCGAACAUGAUCCAUCAGAAGCGUUGUGCCUAGAACACAUCAUUCUGAAAGCUUUGCAGCAAGUGGCGAGUGAAAGGAAGAAGACACUGUACAGAGUUACAGACCUAAAAUCGAAGUGUCCUAAGCCAAAAAAGACGUGUAAGAAGAAAGCGGGGAAGAGGCCUGCAGACUUAGAAGAGCCAAGAUUCCUCUGUGUGGAGAAUGAGAAUUCUAUUCCUGAAACAACACCAAGUCUGUCGUCUGGUCUGGAGAGUGCACUAGAAUAUAUGGAGAAGACCUAUAGUACAAUCACACCAUGGUCUCGUCUCUGCUCCUUUGUAGAAGAUCAUUUAGAUUUUGGAGACAUGCCCGUGGAGGAUAUGGAAGAACUUGAACUUGUGGCAGAAGUUCAGGUUGGGGACAUUGGAGAGCUUUGCAGUGUGCAGUCAGGAAUGUACAGAAGAGACAGACACUGGAGAUUCCAGAAAUCAGCGUGCCUAAGUACCUCAGGGUUGCAGCUCACAGGAGGACAAUCAACAGUUCAUAACGACACAGUGUUUAGACCCUCAAGACUCGAGCGAUACCCGGGAUCUGCUUGUACUUUGAACAUAAAACCACAUACACCCAGGACACUGCACAGAACUCAAAUGAGCACAAAGUGUAGUGCAGUACAGAAGCCACAUGUUCACCACAAAGCUUCAGACAAAACUUUACUGCAGGCAAGUCCUUUAACAGCUACUGUAGUACCUGGACUUCCCUGGACUGCUAAAGGCCCAAUGGGUGCUUUUUCUAUCUCUAGGGUACAAGACGCCCUCUGCUUAGUCAGGACUAGUCUUAUAAAUGGCAGUGCUCAUUCUUUUAUUAAAAAUAAACCCGAUGGUUUAGUGUCCUAUGGACUGGCUUUGGGAAAUGGAACUGGGGUAUCGAGUGGUCAGCAAAGACCUCUUGGUGGAGAAGGCACCACAUCAAAUAACCAACAUUCGCAGCCUCCAGGUUCUUCAGAAAAAACAGAUUCAAGCUCCUCCUCUUCUUCCUAUUCCUCACAGAACCCUGUGCUUUCCACUGGCGGCAGUGGAGCACAGUCCAGUCGGUCACAGGACUUAGAUAUUUAUGACCCCUUUCACCCAACAGAUGAGGAGAAUGUGAAUGGAGAUUAUAUUUAUUCAGACUCCCCAGAGAAGGAAGCAGAUGAACAAGAAGAUCAAAAAUAUGAUCCGUUUGACCCCACCGGCUCGAAUCCUAGUUCUUCCGAGCGCAGCCCAUCUCCUUAUGAGGAUGAUGACGAUGAUGAAAUAGGGAGCGAAUCUCAUCCUGAAGGUCGGAUCUCCGAAGCUUUGGCUGGUAUCUAUGAUGAACACAGCUUGAGCCAAGAUUUCCCAGGCACUGAGAAAGCUAAUGAAAGCUUUAAACCUGGUGAAUCUGAUCAAAUUAAAGGGAUUGAAGAGCUUGAUAGCAAUAUUGAAUUUGACAGUAAUAAAACGGAACCAAGAACUUCCAAAGAUCUUUCAGAUUCUGCUUCUAAGGACAUUUCAAAGCUGGAUUUUGAACCGUAUAGUCCUAGCUCCAGCAUAGACCUGGAUACGACAGAUGAGGUUGAGGUAGAAGAAGUUUCUAGAGAAGUGUCUGAAGAAAAGUGUGUUAAAGAAGCACCGGUGGCUGAUUCAACACUAAACGAAGCUAGUACAUCAGAUGCAUCACCGGAGCCUAUAAGACGUGUCUUCACAGUAGAUGUUGGAAAGGACUAUAGUCGGAAAUCAGACUUUACAUCUGAAGCCGAUUCUAAGUCUAAAAUUGAGAUAAAAGUUUCCUUAGAGUCUAUAGCAAAACCAGACAUGAAAUCCUAUUUACGGUUAGAAAAAAUUGCCAAACUUGGAAGUGAGUCGAGAUCACGGCACAAGCGCAGACAUUCCUCUGAAAGGAGGGAUCGUGGUGAUGACUCGGAUCGCAAAUAUGAUUCUGAAAUUGAAGAAGGUGAGAUUGUCCAGCCCGAUGAAGAUUGUUUUAGCCCUUUGCCUUUGUUCCGGAGCCGGUGUCGUGUUAUGGAGAGGCCUCUUAGAAUAGUUGAAGGAGAUGACUUUCUUUCUUUGCAUGCAGAUUCGGAUGAGGAAGGAGCUUUACAGAUUGAUUUUGGAGAUAAUCAGAUGGAUAGCAGAUGGAAAGGAUUGGACUUGAGGCGGAAGAUCACAAACCAGCGAAGAGAGAGGUAUCGUAAAAAAUCUGAAUCCCCUGCAAAAUCAAAAAAACAUUCAAAAUCUCGUUCUCCUUCCAGCUCACAUAGUCGUAAAAAAUCUAAACGGGAACGAAAGAGGUCCAGGGAACGAAAGAAAUCAAAAGAACCACAGACCUCAACAACUACGUGGUCCAGUACAAAAAAACUGAAGGAUUAUAAGGACUACAAACGUUCUAGGUCUCGAUCUUACAAUAAGGAUAGUAAGAUUUCACGUUCCCAUUCUAGAGACCAUAGGAAAUCACGCUCUUGGUCUCCUUCAAUAAGUACCAGCUUAUCCGCUGUAGAGUCUUCUCGUACGUCUGCUGAAAGGAGAAAAAGCCGCAGAUCAAAAUCGCAGGAGAAGAGACCUCGCUGGUCACAUUCUGCCAGUACGGACCGGUCUCGAAAAGACAAACACAAGGAGAAACACCGGACAGAAGGGAAGAAAAAGAAGAAAAGAUCACGUUCUAAAUCCAGGGAAAGAGAACGAGACCGGAGGUCUUCACGGCACUCCAGUGAUAGAAGAGAGAAAGAGAAAACUAGACCAAGGCACUCUUUAGACGAACCUAAGGUAGAAAACCAAACACUGUUGGAGAGGAAGCGGCGAGACAGUAGGUCAGUAGUGCCUCCAUCAAUACAAGAUCUUAAUAAUGCAGAUCUUUUUACUAUUAAGAGAACUAUUACUGUGAAUCCAGAAGAGAAAUUGGAUCGGGAGGAAUUUGUUCGCAGUCCUGAGCUUUCUGGAAAAAGAGAAGUUCUUUAUGAUUCAGAAGGAUUAAGCUUUGAAACCUAUUCUGAUCGUGAAACUCUUGAUGAUAGGGAUGGAAAAUGUAACCGGGUAUUUGACCGGCAUAUUGGGAAGUCUGAUUCCAGCAAGAGAAGGAUGCCCAUUGAAUAUGAUACGAAGCGUCUAGAGGAAGAUAGAGAGAGUCGUCAGAAAAUCUCUAAAGAUCGUGAUAGAAAGAGAACUUACACAGAUGACUGCCGUGAGAGGUAUAAAAAGCGUUUUAAAGAUCCACCAGAACCAGAGGCCAUGAAGUUAGAUAGAGAUAAAAUUCGCUUAGAAAAAGAUAAGACUCCCAAAAAAUUUAAGGCAAGUCAUAAAGAUGGCAAAGGAAGCUCAACCAGGAAAGUUAAACUUCAGUCUAAAGUGGCUGUUUUGAUUCGUGAAGGUGUUAGUAGUACCACCUCUGUUAAAGAAGCUGGUUCAAUUGGGGUUAAAUUUAGCCGUGACCGAGAGAGCCGUUCCCCGUUCCUUAAAUCUGAAGAAAAGCUACCAGAUCCCAAGAUCAGUCGACCUAAACUUGAAAUUGAUAACUUAAAGGAGCCACUUCUAAGGCCUAAGAAGAUGAAAGGCUUAAAAACAAAGAUUGGUGUUAAGAAAAUAAAGCCUGCUGGGGCUACGGGGAUUCAUGUGAAACCCAAGGGGACACUGGAGAAGAAAAAGAAGAAGCUAAAAACAAAGGCCUCACUAAAGAAGUCUAAAGCAGAUAGCUGCAGUCAGGAGAUACUAAGCCCAAUUGAAGCCAAAGAUGAACCAAUAUGGUCUGAUACGGAGAAAACAGAGAUUAAAGUGAAACCGCCCAGCCCUCCCAAGCUAGCCAAUGAGCAGGAACUCACUCCUGAUUCACAAACUGUAGACAGUAGCUGCAAGACUCCAGAUGUGUCAUUCUUGCCCGAGGAACUUCCUCCAGACCCAGAGAGGAGUACUGACUUGGAAGUGGACAGCAUUUCUGAGCCUAAAGAAGAAACCCCCCGUCCUCUUCCUCCACCACCACCGCCUCCUGCACCAAUGUCAUGGAACCUCCAGUCAGGAGUUGACUGUGCCACAAGUGGUGUGUUAGCAUUGACUGCUCUGCUAUUCAAGAUGGAGGAAGCGAAUAUGGCAAGCCGAGCCAAGGCACAGGAGCUAAUCCAAGCUACUAACCAGAUCCUCAGUCAAAGCCAGCCUUCUACCUCAUUGGUUAGCCAACCUCCACCACCUAGCGUUUUAUCGUCUAUUGGCCAUUCACUUCCCUCAUACCAUCUUCAUGGUAGUCUACCCCUCAGCAGCAACUCAAGCCCCCCUACUCCAACUGGACAGGCUCUCCCCGGUCCCACAUCCAGCUCGUUCUUCAACACUAUAUCUCUUGCCGAUCUGGGUAAACGGGAUGGCAGCACAAGUUCCGACGGAAGAGGAGACACUGACAAGUACCUGAAAAAGCUGCACACACAGGAGAGAGCUGUAGAGGAAGUGAAACUGGCAAUUAAACCGUAUUAUCAGAGGAAAGAGAUCACCAAGGAAGAUUAUAAAGAUAUACUGCGAAAGGCUGUCCAUAAGAUCUGCCACAGCAAGAGUGGAGAAAUUAACCCCGUUAAAGUGAAUAAUUUGGUGAAAGCCUAUGUCCAGCGCUACAAGUAUUUCCGGAAACACGGCAAGAAAAUGGAGGAUGACGAGUGCAAUUACCGCAGUGGGAAAGAGUCAGGGUCUAUGGAGAAAGGAAUACCCCCUUUACCAUUAAUUUGAGCUGAAGUGGACUAUAUACCCAUUCACAUGAUUUGUCAAUUUGAAUUAAAAAAAAAUUGCUAGUGAAAAGAGAGGGGGGGGGGGGG